AUGGCCACCGAAGCAAGCAGACCGCUCACCAACGGCACUGGUCCAGAGUCCAAAAUGUCGGAACCGAUUCAAUUCUCUAUGCCCUUACCAAACGCACCUGGAAGCCGCAUUCACACACACCUGACUAUCCUGGCAACGUCCAUUCUUCUCUUCUGCACCAGCACCACAGCCGAGUAUUCUUCUUCUGCCGUACCCCCGCUCGGUAGUUUCGUAUAUGCCAUGCCUGACCGCUACAACCCUUCGGCACCACUCAGCACACCUCUGUACACGCUCCCAUCAAGCCUAGAUUUUGCCGAUCGACUUGCCAAAACAUUGGCCAGAAGGACGAACCUGCCGGUACAGGUCGGCAGCUCGGUCAAUUUCUCGUCGGCUGGAAAUGGUGGCAGUGUCGAAGAGGAGAUGGAAGCCUUUAGACAACUGGUCACUGUCGUACUGAGGGAAGUGGAAAAGGCAAGAGCUGGAUGA